AGGGAGUGGAGAAAGGGAUAUCGAAAAGGGUCGAGUGAGGGCAGAAUGGUCGUACUGGGUUGGAGUUUGAGCAUCGACCGGGACUACAAUAGCCGCAGCUGUAUAAGCAGCCUUCGAGGGAGAAGACUACAAUCAUCGUCAUCAACGUAGCAAUGACUUAACCUCUAUCAAAAAAUUCAUUAUACUCCUGUUGGCAAUUGUUGUCCCGAUCAAACUUUGCAUUUUUAUUUUGAAACUCCUUCUUUCUGCCUUCGUACGCACCCACGCACGGUCAUCACAAUCUCUGGCUCGCUCUCCCUCUCCUCGCCUUCCCAACCGUCCUCACCCCACUCUGGUAAUCACAAAAUAUUUAAUAUAUCUCACGCAACUAUUUCACCUGCAUGGCUCCAUUACAUUCAUUGGCAUCAUCGUCGUCAUCGCUGCUGGUAUUACUUUAAGCAGGUUUAAAUGUUUGAGAUAUAAUGACCUCCGCGACGAGUUUGCCUAUGCAGAGUACAAGAAUGUUGUCUAGUUCAUCGUCCCUCAGUCAGGUUCUGCAAUCUGAUCCAGUACGACGACUUUUCAAUCAACCUAAUAUUGUCAUUCAUGCCAUUCCUCGUAACAAUUCACCAACAGCUUUUAGAAUGGUUAGGCCUAAAUAUCCUACAGAUCAAAAGUAUUUAGUUAAUGGGGACUAUCAAUUACAAAACAAACCAGAUGUAUCGAUUCAGGUUGUCAGUUUAUCAAAUAAUGAAACUAGUGAGGUAGAAAAUCUCUUACCAUCUAAAAGCAAUGGAAAGUCUGAAAUUUUAUUAGUUCCUAUAACACGGAAAAGAAAGGAUUGUGGUCACUUUGAACCCUGUGAGAGUUUAGUCUGUAAUGUCAUUAUACAUGAAUAUAAAGAUGACGAAGGAAUUAAGCCACUUAUCUCCAUUAAUAUUGAAGAUAAUGAAAUAGAUGCUUUAGUCACAAAGCACUGUGAAUAUAAUAUAUGUGAUGCUCUUAGUAUAGAUCAUGAUUGUUGUCGUAGAGCAUUGAUUAAAUUAUAUCGUUGUGAUAAAUGUAUUAUGUGUGAUAUUUGUGGAAAUACAUUUAAAACUUGUAAAGCUCGUAUAAAUCACAAGAAAUGUAGAAGAAAAGAAAUUUAUCAACAUAAUACUGCCACUCCUUCAAGUAUAUUUAAGUUUAGGAUGCGGGAAAGAGAAUUACAAAUACUGGAAGCAACAAGAGCAAAACGGAGUUGUGAUUAUCUUGAUCCUAUAUUUGGUUUUAAUCGUACAAUGGAAACUUUAACAAAAAAUGAUGAACUCAUCAUUAUACCUAAAAUGCCUCCAUAUUUAAAAGGCUUUAAGACAAAUUUCGCCCCUUUUAAUAAUAACACUAAUAGUAGUAAUAAUAAUGAUCAUAUUAAUAAUAAUUAUAAUAGCAACAGCAGCAUCAACAAUAACAAUAACAAUAACAACAAUAAUAAUAAUGUAAACUUAAAAAGUAUUCUUGGAAAUGAUAAAAUGCAAACCUCCAGUACUGAUAAAGAAUUAACAAGCGAAAUGAUAUCUAGCAUUAUAUCGUCAUGUCAAAAUAGUUUAAAUAAUAAUCGAAUCCAAAAAAACAAUUCAUCACCAUCCAAGCAAAUUAAGUUAUCUGAUCAUUUUAAUGGAGGGAUUGUUAAUAUUAUGGACACCCCAAUUUCAGAAGAUCGCGAGUAUAUUAAUAUUGCUUCAUUAUGUUCAAAUACUAAUAAUUCAAGUUCAUCUGUUAAGCAACAUCAAGAGCCUAAUUUGAAAUCACCAUUAAGUCAUUCAAAUACAAAUCUACAACUCCAAAAUAAAAUUGAAGUGACAAAUAAAGAACCACCAGUAAAUAAUGUUCCUGAACCUAUUGAAGAAUCGAAAGAACAAAAGUGGAUAUUGCCCAGUGAAUCCUAUCCUUUUAAAGUAAUGCCUAUUAUUGAAUUAAAAUCCGAACCAUCGCUCCUUCAUCAAACUCAUGGAUUACCGAAGUUUUGUGUCGUAGCCGAUACUCCGGCAAUGCCACAACUUGUGCUUAACGUUAAAAGGCCAUACCAAAAAGAAAAUUCCAAUCAGCAGGAGAAGCAUACGCCGCCAUCGUCACUACCAAAAUUAUUGCCUAAAGCUGUUCAAGUGUUAAAUUCUGGUAAAUUCCGUCCAUUGCAGCCGGCUUUGUCUGGCACCACUCGAAAUAUUGAUUCGAAACUAGAUGGUGCUAUAUUGAUUAAGAAACAGAAAACGCGAAAAAGAUCGCGUAAGACACUUAAGUUACUUAAGAAAGGUAAAUACAGGUGUACAUAUUGUUCAAAGAGGUUCUCCUCGAUAGAUUAUUGUAGAGUGCAUAUAGCCAAACAUGAAAACAAUCCAAGCUUCUUUUGUCGGCUAUGUGAAAAAGGAUUUGUUAAUAAAUAUGUUAUGAAAAAGCACUUUGACGCCGAUCAUAAAGUUGGCGAAGUGCGUUGCGAAAUGUGCAAUAAUAUCCUGCCGUCACUGCAGGACCUGUUAAGACAUAUGAAGUAUCCAGAGACCAAAGUGAAACAGCAAUGCUCAGAGUGUUCUGAAUCCUUUGAUAUUUGUAGUAGUUUAGAUGUCCAUAUGCGAAAACAACAUGGUUUUCUUAUCUGUACUUUGUGUAAACGUCAAGUGACAAAGAUUAAAAUGAGGAGACAUUUGAUGCUUGAACACAGCAUCUCAAAAAAUCGCACAGAAACUGGAUUUAAUAAGUUAUGUUAUAUACCUAGUGAGAAUGAUAAGAUAUCUGAAAUAAAUUUGAUCAAUGAGGUUGUAAACCUUGUAAGUAAAUCAAGUGCAAAAAUAGAAUCAAUUACUGAAAAUAAAAUUGAAGUGGAUUGCAUUGCAAGAAGUCGAUCUAUUCGGAGAAGGAGUUCAAAAGAAUUUUUUGUCUGUACUGUGUGCGAUCGACGUUUUGAAAAUGAAAAACAGUUUCAGAUACAUUUAGCUAAUAAUCCAAUGAAAUUUACACUUUGUCCUAUUUGUGGUAGAAAGUUUCAUAGAAAAUCUGAAUAUACAGAGCACAGUAAAACAUGUAGUCUGAGUACUAAAGUAAUAGUGGAGCAAGCACCUAAAAGAAAGAAAUCAAACAUUGUGAAUGAUGAGUUAAUCUCAAAAGAUAUUAGAUUUCAGAACAGUAUUGACCAAAAAUUAAAUGAAACUCUAAAACUUAAUAAUGGUAAGAAAUUUAAAUUGAAACAUGAAAAAAUUAUACAGAAUGAUGAAGAUAAAAGCAUCUUGAAGAGCACAGUUACCAACAUUACAAUUGUGAAUGGUUUAAAACAAGAUUCUAGUGAUUGUUUGGACAUAUUGAAUGUUAUAAAAUUAGAAAAAAAUAUUCAAAAAAAUGAAAAUUAUGAUGUUAUAAAAGAGAACGAUAAAGAAGUUUUACUAUUGAAUGUGAAGCAAACUCAAAUAAAUUCCAAUAAAUCAGCAGUAUUGGAUAAGUUGAUAGCAGUGACAAACAUCAUUCAAGAUCAUAACUAUCAAGCAUUAAAAUGAGUUACAUAAUUAG